AUGACGACCAACGGACCGAACCAACUUAAAAUUGAAACGGCUGACCGGAAGAGGAGAACAUGCCACCAUUUCCCCGAAGUGGAGAUAAACGCCCAGGGAAAGAAGAGGACGAUGGAGGAGGCUGAAGCAUCAGAACCGACCAUGAAGAGACGCAAAGUGGCUGAAGAGGGCAAUGCACUAAUCAGGCGAGUUCUCCGGGCAGUGAAGAGAGGCGCCAAACAGAGGCGGAACGUCAGGACCAGAGCAGUCGGUCACUUCCCUCAAAUGUUGAGAAACACUGAGGGAAUGAAGAGAAACCUGGAGGGCGCCGAAGAGACAGCCCCGAUCACCAAGCAACGAAGAACGGACCAAGACGGAAAGGCAAGUCCCCGAAGGCCUCCGCUAAAAGCGAAGCGAGGAGGCAGAAAGGCAGAGUUUGUAUGGAAAAGGAACUUGAACGAUUCCCCGACAGAGCCGCUAGAUAGCCAUAGAAGGAAGAGGAAGAGGGAAGAGGAGGAGGAGGACAAGGUGGAAGAGCUGAAAGUCAUGCAGUGGAACACCGAAGAAGCAGGCAGGACGAACAAAAGACGGAAGGCGGAUCCAGAUUUGCUCGGAGCCAAAAAGGCUUGUCCUCUCGGUCCGCCGAAGGCACGGCAGCGGCUCCCCCGACAGGCAAAGGCCAAUGCGGCGGCGAGAAUCCACGAUCUCUAUGGUGCCAAGGCUAAGAGGGCCGAGCAGGGACCAAAGGCGGCGGCAGCGGCGGCCCCUGAGGGCAAGACAGAAGAGGUGGCAAUGAAAGGGAAUCUUCCUCCUCCCAAUGAACCCCAAAAGGAGCUGCCUGGAAGAAAGAAAGUGAAGGACCAGCCGCCGCCAAAGAAGAUGCCUGGAAGAAAGAAAGUGAAGGACGAGCCUCCUCCACCAGAGAAGCAACCUGAAAAGGGGAAACUGAAGGACGAGCCACCACCAGAGAAGAAGCCUAGAGGAAGGAAAGCGAAGGACGCCAACGUACCAAAGGACCAAAAGAAGGGGAAAGGGAAGCCCACAGUCGAUGAAUUGAGCGAGGCUGAGGUGAAAAGGCUUCUGCUCAAAGGACAUGAGUUGGGUUCGGGAGCCUACGGAACGGCCUACAAAGUCCUUCACAAGGGAAAGCUAGCAGUGCUGAAAGUGGCCAUCGAAGACCUGUGGCAAGUGAGAGCAGCUUUCAGAAACGAGGCUAAAACGCUCCAGGAACUCCAGGGCGCGGGAGGAGCUCCUAUGCUACUUGGGACCUGUAGCAAGCCAGCCGCCAUCCUCAUGGACUAUUGUUGUGGCCAAGAGUUCUAUUCUUUCAUUUACGACUCGAAGACCUUGCCUUCCCUCGCCUUGCAAGCACUUCCGGACAUUGCGAGGAGGCUCCACGAAAUCCACCUGGCAGGCUAUAUCCAUGCAGAUUUAAAGACAGACAAUGUGAUGGUCAACGAACAGGUGCAGCCCCGAAUAAUCGACUUCGGAUUAGCAGUGAAAAAAGGCAGGAAGAUAAACGUAGGGCAAAAUAUGUCCGACUCCAUUUACGCGCCAGAGUACACGAGAGGUGCGCCCGCUCAGCCCUGGGGAGACGUCUACUCCAUGGGAUGUCUGGUUGAUGAUACUAUCUACGCCCUCUACGAUGACAUCCCGAAGGAUUACGAAAAUAUAAUAAAAAUGGCCAAAAAUAUAAAUCCUAAACUUCGACCAACUGUGCCCGAGUUGGUGGAGCAGCUGGAAGCAGCGUGGCGGAAACAGAAUCUACAAUAG